UGCUCAAAUCCCGUUUGGCGGGAUUUAGCAUAAAUCCUGUUGCCAAACAGGCCCUAAGAACUAUUACGCUUCCGAUAGCCUUAGGCCUACGCAGCUUUUUGUUUUUCCUCUUCUCCAAUUCUCGUUGCUGCUACUUCCACUGCUUUGCUUGAGGUAGAGUUUUGAACGGAUCGCUAAAUGCCUUUUUCGCCUCCUUCAUGACGUUCCUUGCUGUAGGAUCGUAAGUCAUGUCGGUUCGCUGUUCUUCCUGUUGAAUCGGAAGUAACGAGGUAGCUCGCUCGCUGCGAAGAUAUGGGGGAUAGUAGUUGUCCUACCCAACUAAUUGAUCGAGAUGGUGUAUACAAUGUCUCUGGAAUGGAGAAUUUCAUGGAGACUAUGAAACUUGGUGAAUGUGGUGUCUCAUAUGCUAUAGUCUCCAUACUGGGUCCUCAGAGUAGUGGGAAGAGCACUCUUCUGAACCGUCUUUUCCAUACCAACUUUAGAGAGAUGGACGCAUUUAAUGGGAGGUCUCAAACUACUCAAGGAAUUUGGCUAGCAAAGUGUGUGGAUAUUGAACCUUGUACUAUUAUCAUGGAUUUGGAGGGUUUUGAUGGAAGAGGGGGUGGAGAGGAUGAAGCCGCAUUUGAGAUGCAGAGUGCUCUUUUUGCUUUAGCAAUUUCAGAUAUAGUGUUGAUAAAUAUGUGGUGUCAUGAUAUUGGACAUGUGCAUGGUGCUAACAUACCUCAAUUACAAAUUGUAUUCCAAAUCAUGAUGUGGUUUUUUAGUCCUCGUAAAAUAACCUUACUUUUUGUCAUACGUGACAAGACUGAAACCCCUCUUGAAAUGUUGGAAGCUAUUUUGAGGGAAGAUAUUCAAAUGAUUUGGGAUUCUCUUAAAAAACCACUUAAGCAUAUAAAUGCACCACUUAGUGAAACUUUUAAUGUAGAAGUUGUUGCCCUUUCGAGUUUUGAAGAAGAGGAAGAACAGUUCAAUGAGGAGGUUGCAAAGCUAAGGAAAAGGUUUUUUUACUCUAUUUCUCCUUGUGGGCUUGCUGGAGAUAGACGAAGCAUUAUUUCUGCAUCAGGAUUUUCAUUUAACGCACAACAAAUUUGGAAAGUUAUAAAAGAGAACAAGCUACUUGACUUACCCUCCUACAAGGUUUUGGUUGCUAGUUUUCGUUGUGAAGAAAUUGCAAAUGAGAAAAUUGCUUCUUUCUCUAACAAUGAGGAGUGGCUCCACCUAGAAGAGGCUGUGCAAAAUAGUAUUGUUCCAGAUUUUGGGAAGAAGCUCAAUUCUAUAUUGGAGAACUGCUUGAUUAGUUAUGACAAGGAAGCUGUAUAUUUUGAUGACGAUGUUAGUACCUCAAAGAGACGACAAUUGGAAUCAAAACUUCUUCAGUUUGUUCAACCUGCUUACCAUUCCAUGUUGGGGCACCUAAGAUCCAAAACUUUAGAAGAUUUUAAAGUUAGAUUUGAGAAGGCUCUGAAAAGUGAGGAAGGAUUUGUGGUUGUUGCUAAUGAUUGCACUCAGUCUCUCAUGUCCGCAUUCAAUGAAGCCUGCAAAGAUGCAGGCAUUGAACAAACAACUUGGGACUCUUCAAAAGUACGGGAGAAGCUUCAACAUGAUAUAAAUGAGCAUGUUAUUUUAGUUCGCAAGGCAAAAUUAUCUGAGCUCGCAACCUUUUAUGAGAAAAAACUCAACAAGACACUUUCUAAGCCUGUGAAAGUUCUUUUAGAUAUUGCUAAUGAUGAUACGUGGCCGACAAUUAGAAGAUUUCUUCAACGGGAGUCAAAGACUGCUUUAUCUGAUUUUGCUUUAGCCCUUUCUUCAUUUGAUAUUGAUCAGACAACUAUUGAAAAAAUGCUUGCAAAACUAGAAGAAUCUGCCAUAAUCAUUGUUGAAUAUAUGGCGAGGGAAAAAGCUAGGAUGGUCUUGAUGUAUAUGAAGGACAGGUUUAGAACAAAGUUUAACAAUAAUUUUAAUUCAAUUCUAAGAUUGUGGACAAGAGAAAAAGACACAAAAACAAUCACCAAAAUGGCUCUUUUAGCAUCCUUAAAGUUACUCUCUGUUAUUGCUGCAAUUCGCUUAGAUGAAGACAAUGAUAAUGUUGAGAAAACCCUUCAGCUUGCUUUGGUGAACGUUCCUAGUAGUUCAACUUCAAAUAAGAGCAUUCAGUCAUUGGACCCACUUGCUUCUAGUACAUGGGAAGAUGUUCCCUCAAUGAGAACAUUAAUUACACCAGUUCAAUGCAAGUCAUUGUGGAGACAGUUCAUGGAAGAAAUAGAGUGGUAUUAUGGCACAAUCAUUUGAACGCAGGACAAGAGUGUGAGUUGGUUGCUCACUGUUGUUGAUUGUUGUACCUUUUUUCAUUUUUUUAAAAUUUUCUUUUAUUUGCUUGUGGGGGAGAUCUUGGUGGAUGGUUGAUGUUGUGAUGUGAUGAUGAUGGUUUCUAUUGUUAUCAUAAUGCAGUAUGAUAGUGCAUGUGGCACUAAGUGAUUUUGUGAUUUAGUUGUUAUUAUCAAUUGCCUUAUGUGUACCUUGUAUCACUUUGAAUUAAAAAUACAUGUUAGUUUUUAUUGCAAAAUUUGUUAUGUUUUUGUUUAU